AUGCUUAAAAGAAAACAGAGUUCUCGGGUGGAGGCCCAGCCAGUGACAGACUUCGGUCCUGAUGAAUCUUUAUCAGACAAUGCUGAUAUCCUGUGGAUUAACAAACCUUGGGUCCAUUCUUUACUACGCAUCUGUGCCAUCAUCAGCGUCAUUUCUGUUUGCAUGAACACCCCGAAGACCUUCGAGCAUUAUCCUCCGCUUCAGUAUGUGACGUUUGCUCUAGACACUUUACUGAUGUUUCUCUACACAGCAGAGAUGAUAGCAAAGAUGCACAUCCGUGGCAUAGUCAAGGGGGAUACCUCUUAUGUGAAGGACCGCUGGUGUGUGUUUGAUGGAUUCAUGGUGUUUUGUCUUUGGGUAUCAUUAGUUUUACAGGUGUUUGAAAUUGCUGAGAUUGUUGAUCAGAUGUCACCAUGGGGCAUGUUGAGGAUACCAAGGCCUCUUAUUAUGAUUCGAGCAUUCCGCAUCUAUUUCCGUUUUGAGCUGCCAAGAACCCGGAUAACCAACAUUUUAAAGCGUUCCGGUGAACAGAUCUGGAGUGUUUCGAUAUUCUUGCUGUUCUUUCUUCUUCUGUAUGGAAUUCUGGGGGUCCAGAUGUUUGGGCCUUUCACAUUUCAUUGUGUAACAAAUGAUACAGAGACAGGAAAUAUAACCUGGAAUAAUUUAGCAAUCCCUGACACUCACUGUUCAAAGUUAGAAGAAGGUUACCAAUGCCCACCAGGAUUUAAAUGCGUGGAUCUCGAGGAACUGGGCUUGGGCAGGCAAGAGCUUGGCUACAGUGGCUUUAACGAGAUAGGUACCAGCAUUUUUACGGUUUAUGAAGCAGCUUCUCAAGAAGGCUGGGUCUUCCUGAUGUACCGAGCGAUUGAUAGCUUCCCACGAUGGCGUUCCUACUUCUAUUUCAUCACCUUAAUUUUCUUCCUUGCUUGGCUUGUUAAGAACGUGUUUAUCGCUGUCAUCAUUGAGACAUUUGCUGAAAUCCGUGUACAGUUCCAACAGAUGUGGGGAUCCAGGAGCAGCACUACUUCAACUGCUACAACACAGAUGUUUCAUGAAGAUGCUGCUGGAGGAUGGCAGCUAGUAGAUGUUGAUGUGAAUAAGCCUCAGGGCAGAGCUCCUGCGUGUCUACAG